GACAUGUUCACAGGGAUGGAAAAAUAUGGACAUUUUGGGAGGAUGUAACGAGGACCGCGGGUCAUCAUGGGCCACUUACUGUCAUAAAGUAUUUUACUUCAACUCAUUAUAUACAAACAAAAAUGCAAAGGUGUUGUGUUUAAGCAAAGUGGCCAGAAGAGAAGUAGAGAUAACCCAUGYUGACCCUGUUACAGCUUCAGGCUAUCAAAAGCCAGCAUUGAUAUUGACAGAUGAAACCAGAAACGGRGGCUCAAGAGACCAUACAUGGACGUUUGUACAAAAGUAUACAAGGAAAACAUCUUCAUCUUACUCCAUGGAACACGGAUGGCGUGUCAAAGUUACCGUGUCCUAUAAAUCCGGUCUUUUGAGUGAUGCUAUUGCAAAAUGGGAGGCAAGCAUCGAAGCAGARGCCUACGGAUCAUACACAACUUGUAACAAACGGGAAGAAACUAAGGAAAUCACAUACACAAAGAACUUUGUGGUCCCACCAAAAACAGACGUCAAAGUCACAGUAAACAUCUUCACCUACAAACUGGACAUUCCAUAUGUAGCGAAAGAAAAGUACUUCGACGAAAAGAAUAACUUUUUGGGCGCGGCAACCAUCCGUGGGACCUGGAAAGGAGUGUUUACCUUCACUGGGAGGACAAACAUCAAGGAAACAAAGCUACGCAAAUAGAUAAGGAAAAUCAUCUCGUAGAUGGACGCAAAAGAUUAAUAAAUUAAUAAUUGAUAGAUAGACACCAGUGUUUCAUCAAUGAUAUGAAAUAAAAUUAUACUUAUACAAUGA